AUGGGUGGUAAAACGACGGGGGAACAGGUUGAUGUCCCUGAACCGCCAAAGCCGCUCUCUGAUGGGGCCAUUAGGUCACGCUUGAACAGGCUCCUGAAGCGUCGAGCUAAUGGAAGCUCCCUGGUCCCUGAAGAGGUUUUGGUGGAUUGGGAAAGCGAAGAUACGAGAAACACCAUCAAGAAGAUGUUUGAGAAAGCUGGUUACGACAAGGAGUUGUUCAUUCGCAAAGUCAAGAGGGUCUAUCAGGAGAUCUCCGAAAACUCUUUUGAGACCAACUGGGAGUUCUUGAGUGUGGAGGAUAUGAAAGAGAAAGGUUGGAAGAGCAUCUACGGCGAAGGAUGGCUCUACUGGACGCUGGUGAGCACAAAGGGACAACAAAAGAAACUUGGAUUUGCAGACCAGGCCUCUGCAUGCUUUGCAUGA